AUGCAUCUUCCUGACAGCCUGCAGGACCUGGCGGACAGUGAGGCUGUGCGCUUUCUGAGGAGACCAAAGAGCAUCUUGAGGAUCUGCGGAGGGGUCUUUUCCCUGAUCGUCUUUUCCUCUCUACUAACUGAUGGUUACCAGAACAGGGCGGAGUCUCCUCAGCUCCACUGCGUCCUCAACAGCAAUCACGUGGCCUGUAGCUUCGCAGUUGGAGCUGGCUUCCUGUCCUUCCUCAGCUGCUUGGUCUUCCUUGCCCUAGACGCCGGCGAGAGCCGCAUCACAGGCACCCGCUUUAAGACAGCCUUCCAGCUCUUGGACUUCAUCCUGGCUGUCCUCUGGGCAGGUGUCUGGUUUGUGGCCUUCUGCUUCCUAGCUCGCCAGUGGCAGCAUUCGAAGUUCAAGCAUUUCCUCUUGGGGAACAGCAGCGCCAAGGCAGCCAUUGCCUUUGCUUUCUUCUCCGUCCCUGUCUGGAUAUUCCAGGCCUACCUGGCCUUCCAGGACCUCCGAGAUGAGGCUCCAGUCCCCUACAAGCGCUCCCUGGAUGAAGGUGGUGUAGUGCUGAACACCCUCUCCCCAUCAUCCACCACCAGCCCUGCCAACCCUCCUACCGCAGGCCCCAACAGUGUGAGUUACAGCAGCUCAGCUCUGUCCCCCUACCUGACGGCUUCAAAGGCCCCCCGCCUGGCUAUGAUGCCAGACAGCUAAACAUCCUUACCUGCAUCAGUAAAGAGCUCUUCUCCCUCUGAGGGGUUUCUGAGUAA